UCCAUCGACAAAAGAAAGCAAUUAAAGUCAUCAUCUCUCCUUUUUCCUAAACGCAAACCCUAAAGAGAGGGAGAAAGGGUCUCCUCCGUGGAGAGCAGGGCAAGCAAGGAAGAAGUCAGAGAGCGAAGAUGGUGUUCUACUUCAAAGCCCGACCAGAAGCCGGAGACUACACCAUCUUCAUGGGUCUUGACAAAUUUGAGAACGAGGAACUCAUCAAAUACGGAUUCCCCGAAGACAUUUGGUUCCAUGUGGAUAAAAUGUCUUCUGCCCAUGUUUAUCUGAGGAUGCGCAAGGGUCAGACAAUUGAUGACAUAUCCGAAGGACUUCUUGAAGAUUGUGCUCAGCUUGUCAAAGCAAAUUCUAUCCAAGGAAAUAAAGUGAACAACAUUGAUGUUGUUUAUACUUCUUGGCAAAACCUAAAGAAGACUCCAUCCAUGGAUGUUGGUCAAGUUGGUUUCCACAACAAUAAAGCUGUGCGGACUGUGAGAGUGGAGAAGCGAAUAAAUGAGGUAGUUAAUAGACUAAACAGGACAAAGGUGGAAAGAAAACCUGAUCUGAAAGCUGAGCGUGAAGCAGUCAAUGCGGCCGAAAGGGCAGAGAGGAAACAGCAGCUGAGAGACAAAAAACGACGAGAGGAGAUGGAAAGGCUGGAAAAGGAGCGACAAGCAGAGGUAAGGAGCUACAAAAAUCUGAUGGUUGCCGACAAAAUGACAUCCAAUAAAGAUAUCGCGUCAACCCACAAGUCCUUACAAGAACUGGAAGAGGACUUCAUGUAGACCAACCAUCUUCACAAUGCAAACAUGCCUGUUCUUUGACCACCUUAUGCCAAUGUUCGAACAAACGGAAAGUGGUGUCAAAACUAUUAAUCUCUUGGUUUCUGGAUGUUAAAUAAGAAAGCUAAAAUGGCAACUCCCUUGCUUUGUAUGAAUGAAUAUGGUAUGAACAUAAAUUUAUCUUUAAAUUCUCUUUACAAUACAAUACUUGGAUGUGGCAAUGAUAGGUGUCGUAUUGUUUGUUUCUUUUGCAUGUAUGAUUUAUUUUGAAAUUUGAACCUUAACAAACCUUCCAGUGGCUGUACGGAUACUCGAACGGAUGAUAUUUAAGCUGUUGAGCUUUCUUA